AUGGAAAGUUCCUGGAGGAACGCGUUAAGCGAGGAAUUCAUGAAGCCGUAUUUCCAAAAGCUCAAAGAAUUCCUAAUCGAGGAGCAUCGUGCGCAUACCGUAUACCCAAAGCUGAAUGAUAUUUACUCUUGGUCGCGAUUGACGCCACUUGACUCUGUGAAAGCUGUCAUACUAGGUCAGGAUCCGUAUCAUAAUGUAGGACAAGCACACGGGCUCUCUUUCUCCGUCCUCCCUCCAACUAAGCUCCCUGGCUCCCUGAGGAAUAUCUAUAAACAACUCUCGAGUGACAUCCCCGGUUUCAAAGUCCCUACGUCUGGGGAUCUGACGCCUACGGCAAGGGCUGGAGUUCUCUGGUUGAACACCUGUCUGACUGUACGGGCGCAUAAUGCCAACUCGCAUUCAAAAAAGGGCUGGGAGACCUUCACCGACGCUGUUAUCCGAGCAGUGCUCGACCGUCCGGACGGAAGAGGGGUUGUCUUCUUUGCCUGGGGUUUGCCUGCUCAAAAACUAUACGACAGACUUGGGAUUGACGAGGAAAAACAUCUGGUGUUAAAAUCUCCACAUCCUUCUCCCCUUUCAGCUCAUCGGGGCUUCCUUGGAAAUGCCCACUUCAAGAAAGCCAACGAAUGGCUGCGAAAGACACAUGGGGAAGAGAUUGAUUGGGUGGCUCUCAAUUCUAUUCCACCUUCAGAUGCAGGUAUCUCAACGGCAUAA